AUGACGUUUUUUGCUAGAGUAGUUAAUGGAGGAGUAUUACGAAAUAAUAACUUUCGGGUAAAUAAUACGUUUGUUACUUCAGUUCGUCAUUAUGCAGCUGAAACUUCAGCUUCCAAUAAUUUAAAACUUAGCUUUGCACUUCCUCAUCAGUUGAAACCAGGAAUAAUCGAAAUAACCGAAAAUCCGAAUAGUACGAAAAAAUAUUUUGUUAGUGGAGGAUUUGCGGUUAUGAAUAGUAAUUCUUCGCUUGAUAUUAAUGCCGUAGAAGCUUUUCCCUUAGAUGAUUUUUCAAUUGAAAACAUUGCUCGAGUUGAAAUCGACGUUUAUGAAGCACUUCAAAGUGCAAUAGGAAAAAGUUCAUGA